GCCACACCACAACACAUUACAUUCACAUUCAGCACAAUAGUCCAUCAACAGUCACUGGAAUCUCCCAGACUUCAAAUAAAAAGUCCCCUCUCUUUUCUCUCUCUCUCUCUGUGUCUAUUUUUCUCUAUUCAAUUUGUUGUUUUUUGCCCUAUUUCAUUCAUUCCGGGAGGGUUUUUGAGGCUUCUAAUCUCCAACCCUUUACAGACAGCCCCAAUCGGGCGUUUUGCGAGUAAAUAUGGGUAUAUACCUCAGCACUCCCAAAACUGAAAAGUUCUCUGAUGAUGGUGAGAAUGAUAGGCUUAGGUAUGGUUUAUCAUCAAUGCAAGGUUGGCGCGCAACCAUGGAAGAUGCUCAUGCUGCGUUCCCUGAUCUUGAUCCAUCCACUUCAUUCUUUGGUGUUUAUGAUGGCCAUGGAGGUAAGGUGGUUGCAAAGUUCUGUGCCAAGUAUCUUCAUCAACAGAUGCUUAGGAAUGAAGCAUAUUCAGCUGGAGACAUAGGAACUUCUGUUCAGAAAGCAUUUUUCAGAAUGGAUGAAAUGAUGCGUGGACAGAGGGGUUGGAGGGAGUUAGCUGUUUUGGGCGAUAAAAUAAACAAGUUUACUGGCAUGAUAGAAGGGUUGAUUUGGUCUCCAAGGGGCAGUGAUAGUAAUGACCAUGUUGAUGAGUGGGCUUUUGAGGAGGGGCCUCAUUCUGAUUUCGCUGGACCAACUUCUGGGAGCACGGCUUGUGUUGCCAUUAUUAGAAACUACCAACUUAUUGUUGCAAAUGCUGGUGAUUCUCGUUGUGUGAUAUCUAGGAAGGGUCAGGCAUACAAUCUGUCUAGGGAUCACAAACCUGAUCUUGAGGUUGAGAAGGAUAGGAUUUUAAAGGCCGGUGGUUUUAUACAUGCAGGACGAGUCAAUGGCAGUUUAAAUCUUGCUAGAGCUAUAGGUGACAUGGAAUUCAAGCAGAAUAAAUAUUUGCCUGCUGAAAAGCAAAUUGUAACUGCCAAUCCAGAUAUAAACACUGUUGAGCUUUGUGAUGAUGAUGAUUUUAUCGUGUUAGCAUGUGAUGGUAUCUGGGAUUGCAUGUCAAGCCAGCAACUGGUAGAUUUUGUUCAUGAACAACUACGCAUGGAAAACAAGCUGUCUGUGGUGUGUGAGAGAGUACUUGAUAGGUGUUUGGCACCAUCAACAGCUGGUGGUGAGGGAUGCGACAACAUGACCAUGGUCUUGGUGCAGUUCAAGAAACCCAUUCAGUCCCCUCCAUCUGUGGAUGGGCAAUCCUCACCGUCCAAAACAGCUGACCCUGAAUCAAAGUAGCUGCAGCAGUCUAUCCACAUAUCAGAUCCUAUACUGCAUAACUCUCAUUGGAAGAAGAAAUUAUGAGAAUCCCCUACGUUCUUGAUAUUGAGUCCUUGGAUCUGUAACUGUAGAUGGCUCUGUAAGAAAUUGGAAGGAUCAAAUAUUAAGAGAAUUCGUUUUUGGCUGUGUGUGUUUAGGUUUGAGAAUUCAACAGUGUUUAGGUUUGAGAAUUCAACAAUAUCACUACUUAAAAUAACAUGUACAGUUUAUUAACAACCGCAUCUCUGAACGGCAUCUAUGCAUAUAUUUCAAUGAUGCUAUACAAGCCAGCUGCUUAUGAUUCA